UUAUCAGUUGCUUAUUCUCUCUCUCUUUCUCCUUUUUUUUUUUUGACAGAAUCUCACUCUGUUGCCCAGGCUGGAGUACACUGGGGCAAUCUCAGCUCACUGCAACAUUUACCUCCUGGGUUCAAGCAAUUCUGGUGCCUCAGCCUCCUGUAGCUGGGACUACAGUUGUGCACCACCACACCCGGCUAAUUUUUGUGUAUUUUUAGUAGAGACAGGGUUCUGCCAAGUUGGCCAGCCUGGUCUCAAACUCCUGGCCUCAAGUGAUCCACCCACCUCAGCCUCCCAAAAUGCUGGAAUUACAGGUGUGAGCCACCCCACCUGGCCGCUUUAUCUCUUUUAUACUCUAAAAUCACUUAAAUCUUCAUAAUCAAAGAAUAUCUCACACAAGACCCUGAAUUUCUACCCCGUAUUGCCUCUUGGAAUAGAGACUUGUGAAUCAGGGUCACAGUUUACUGCUGCAAAAGCACAUAUAUCUGUCCCACAUCUUCUGGUUACAUAUAAGGGAAUCUCAAAAGUAUUCUCAUUUUAGUUCGGUUAUUUGAACUAAGUAUGAAUAACAAGGUAAUUAUGAAUAUUACCUUCAAAUAUCAGAAUGCAUGUCCAAGAACAAGAAGAGUCAGAUUAUUCUGAAUGCUUUCAUCUCUGUUUGCAUUGAUUAUUGGAUCAGUAAGCUAUUGCUGCAUAAACGUCAUGCCAAUAGUAAAUGGUUUAAUGUCAUGCAUUUGUACACACAAGAGUGUAUGUUGGAGAAGUUUUCACAUUGGAAAUUAGGGCAUAAGAAUUUUGAAGAGAACAAAAAUAUUUGGUCCAUACGACCAAUCAAAUCAAAUUAGUUCUUGAAAUUUGGACAAGAAGAAUUUGAGAAAGGAAGAUGAAAAGAAGUGGUGGGAUCUCACAAUACUUCAUACAGUUUCAGCUUAGGCAUUAACAUCUCAUGAGUGCACAGGUUCUGUCAAACAUGCAUGUCACAUGUUCAAACUCAACAUCAACCCUUGUAAGGAUAUCCAUUUCUUUUCAUGAGGUAUCAUCAAGACCUGGAGUCCUGGAUGGAGAACAGUAAUCCUCCUAUGGAGAAUAGGGGAGUUAAUAAAUAUCAAAAUAUAAUUAUCAAAAUUAUAAAAAUAUAAUUAUCCACCUGGGGGAGAAACAGACAUGCAAGCCUUUCAUACUUCUGUUGACAUUAAAUGUUUAUGUGUGAUACACCGUAGACUUAACAAUAAGGAAGAUAGAAGUUCCAUGGAGAGACAGAGGAUUUUCUGGAAGAGUUGGGAGGGUAAUUUGAUGCACCAAGAAACUUCAGCUUUAGAUAUUUCCAUGAGUAGAAGACAGUAGAAUAGCUUAGAAGAGUCUAAAAUUGCUAAUGUGACUAUUUGAGGGCACCAAGAAAAGGACAGAGACAAUGUCCUGAAGAAUAGCAAAGUAUAAUCUGAUAGACUCUCAAGCACUGUACUUUCUGUGCAGGGCUCUGGGAAGAGGUCUGCCUUCAAAAUCGUAGCAUUGUGUCUCCCAGGAGCAGCACGACACUAAUAUAGGAGUUAAAAAGAAAUUAUUUCGGCAGUUGAGAGGGUAUGGCAGUCCUUGGUAAGGUUUUCCUUUUAAUAAAAAGCAGCCCCCAGCCGGGCCUGGUGGCUCACACCUGUAAUCCUAGCACUUUGGGAGGCCAAGGUGGGUGGAUCACCUGAGAUCAGGAGUUUGAGACCAAACUCACCAACAUCGUGAAACCCCGUCUCUAUUAAAAAUACAAAAAUUAGCCAGGUGUGGUGGCGCGUGCCUGUAAUUCCAGCUACUCAGGAGGAGGAGAGAGGAAAAUUGCUUGAACCGGGAGGUGGAGGUUGCAGGGAGCUGAGAUCACGCCACUGCACUCCAGCCUGGGCCACAGAGCGAGACUCUGUCUCAAAAAAAAAAUAAAUAAAUAAAUAAAAAGCAGCCCCCAAAUCAUAUCUUUUCUAACAAAAAGCAGCCUGAAAAAUCAAGCUGCAAGCCUUGAUAAGCAAGCUGGAAUCUGGCAUGGGUAAAUGCCAGCAGCUGUGCCAAUAGAAAAGGGAUGCCCGGAAGCCAGGUGUAUUCAACAUGGAGGUUUUUCUCUUCUAUUUUCUUUGUCGCCACGUGUGCAGGUGACAUGGCGCCAGCCAGGUAAAAACCCCAUUUGCAUAAUAAAAGAUUAGGGUUGGAUGGCCAACCUCUUCAUGGGCUACGCAAAUGUCCCGUCUAGUCCAAUCUAUCCACUAUGUAUGCCCUAUGCAAAUCAGACCCUGCCUCCUCAAGCUCAUUUAUAAAACCAGCCCUAUCUUGCCCCAAACCUGGAAACCCACUCAGGUCCCCUUCCUCUGCACAAGGAAGCUCUCUCUUCUUUCUUUUGCCUACUAAACUUUUGCUCUGAAACCCACUCCUCCUGUGUCUGCCUCUUUGACUUCUUUAGCGUGAGACAACCAACCUCAGAUAUUUCCCCAGACAAAUGAUGCUGCUUCAAUACUAGGCACUUUUUGUGUCCCAAGAAAACUUUCUGCUUUGACCAUAAGCAUAGUAAAUGGGAAACUGGGACAUAGUCACAAGCUGCUACCUAUCGAACAUCUGCUCUGUGCCAGUACUUUCCAAUGAGCAUUAAGAGUCCCCACAAAUCACUGAAGAACUUACUCAUGUCACCAAAUACCACCUGUACCCCCAUAACUUAUGGAAAAAUGAAAUUUAAAAUAAAUAAAUAAAUAAAUCUGAAAAUUAAAACAAAAAAAGCGGGAAGGCUAACAUCCAUCAUCACCAUCAUCAUCACUAUCAUUAAUAAAAAAAAAAGAAAUUACUUACUUCUCCUAUAAACUCCAUAAGACAGGUGGAAUUUCUAAAAGUUUCAUUUUCUAUCAUGAAGAAAGUACUUAAGAGGCACAUGUAAACUUAUUUUUGCAAAAGCGGGACGAUUGAGUCAACAUUUCACCAACUAAAGUCAAAGACACGCAGAACAUGGAAGAAUUUUAUGUGAAGACUCAAAAUACUUUUUAUCUGGUUCUAACACUGAACCACAGCCUUUUUAAAAAUUUUCUGAAACUAGAUUCUAUGGAAUGGACCACAGGCUUGAUCCACAAAGGGCAAACCGUUGAAUAGGAAAGGUAGCAUCAACAUCAACAGGGAAAUAGUCACGAAUGUAGAAUGUCUGGACCCAUCCUAGAGGCCUCUGAUUAGAAGCUAUGUUUUAACAGGAUCCCCAAGUGAUUCAUCUGCACAUUGAAAGUGGAGAAGUUUGGACUAAAAUCAUCUCUCAAUCUCCCCAGUGUUAAUGUUUGUUGUGGAUAAUAUUUUUUCUGUGUGGUGACGGCUGUCCUGUGCAUUGUAGGAUGUUAAACAGCACCCCCAGCUUCAACCCAUUAAGUGCCAGUAGCACAUUCCCAUGUGACAACUGAAGAUUUCACCAGACCUUUCCAAGGUGUCUCCAGGAGGGACAAUCAACUCUAGCUGAGAACCACUGCCCUACAGUGUAAGAACCAGAAACAUUUUGGCAGAGUUCCAAUCAAAGCUCUUCCUUUACUCUGCAGAUGACUUUGGGCAAGACAAACUCUUUGCUUGUGUAUACAAGCAUAGAACUCUAAUUGCUUUGUCAAAGCAUCAAGAAGCCAAGAACUGUAGUAACUACCCAUGGCUUUAUUGAAAAUAAACACAGCUCUCUCCAUUGCUGAAGAGAGAAUAGAAAUUUUCUGGAGAUGUCAACAGCUGUGUCUCCAGCACAAGUCAAUGCCUUGAAGAUCCAAAGGACUCGGUAAAGACAGGUUUCUCAAUCCUAGGCUUUGGAUAAAAUUUUAACUCAGGGUUGGGCAAAGGUGCUAAGGCUGUUCGACUUCUGUAAGGAGGGAAAGUCCAAGGAGAAUAAGGAAUUUAGUCUGGAUUCACCUGGCCUCUAACUUGGUCUCUUGGGAACAGAGAAUCAGCAGAAAGAUUUUUCUUGCCUUCCAGACCAGUAUCCCACAGGGAAAUCAGGUGCUCAGGGGAUGCAGUAACAAUGGGGAAAUGUACCAAAUAGAGGGAGGAAAUGUACCAAAUACAAUGGGGAAAUGUAGCAAAUACAGGGAGCGGUAAAUAUUUCUUCUGCUGUUGUCCUUAAGAUUGCACAACCUCGGGAACAAUGGGACAUGGUUGAUUCUUUGGAAGUCCUAUGUCUGGCUAGGGGAGUGAUGCUUAACUUCCUUCUACCAUUUCGUGUGGGGACAGAGGUUUAGUCUCUACCAUCCACCAUCCACAGAAGAACUCAGGAUUCCAUAUGGCAACCCUAGUCCUGGAGUCCUCAUACAGUCACCUCAACCACGUGGAACCAGAGAAUGAUACAAGGAUUUUAGGAUUUCUUCUUCUGGGACUUUCAGAGGAACCAGAAUUGCAGCCCGUUAUGUUUGGACUCUUCCUCUCCAUGUAUCUGACAACUGUGUUUGGAAACCUGCUCAUCAUCCUGGCCAUCAGCUCUGAUUCCCACCUUCACACCCCCAUGUACUUCUUCCUCUCCAACCUGUCCUUUGUAGACAUCUGUGUUACCUCCACCAUGGUCCCAAAGACACUGUCAAACAUCCAGACACAGAGCAAAGUCAUCACCUAUACAGGUUGCAUCACCCAGAUGUACUUUUUUGUACUCUUUAUAGUGUUGGACAGCUUACUGCUGACUGUGAUGGCCUAUGACCGGUUUGUGGCCAUCUGUCACCCCCUGCACUACACAGUCAUCAUGAACCCUCGGCUCUGUGGGCUGCUGGUUCUGGCGUCCUGGAUCAUGAGUGCCCUGAAUUCCUUGAUAGAAAGCUUAAUGGUGUUGCCACUGCUCUUUUGUACAGACUUCAAAAUCCCCCACUUUUUCUGUGAACUUAAUCAGGUAAUCUGCAUUGCCUGUUCUGACACCUUUCUUAAUAACAUGGUGUUGUAUUUGGCAGCUGUGCUUCUGGGUGGGGGAUGCCUCACUGGGAUCCUUUAUUCUUAUUCUAAGAUAGUUUCCUCCAUAUGUGCAAUCUCAUCAGCUCAGGGGAAGUACAAGGCAUUUUCCACCUGUGCAUCUCACUUCUCAGUUGUCUCCUUAUUUUAUUGUACGGGCCUAGGGGUGUACCUUAGUUCUGCUGCAACCCACAACUCACUCUCAAGUGCAACAGCCCCGGUGAUGUACACCAUGGUCACCCCAAUGCUGAACCCCUUCAUCUACAGUCUGAGGAAUAAAGACAUAAAGGGGGCUCUAAAACAAUUCUUCAGAAGGAAGAAAUAAAACAAGCAUCUUUCAAGAAGUGCAUGUGGUUUCAAAGCUCUAACCAAACUCAAACAUUGUGAGUCACGAAUCAGAUCAUGGAAGGAGGAAAAGAGAAUGUCCUGCUUCUAUUCAAUUUCUAGAGUUUUAAUUUCCUUGUUCUCAAGUGCUGGGUCAGAUUUAUGCUAUUUCUUUAGAAAGCUUUCUGCUCUGAUAUCCAACUUAGUUUUUGUUUGUCAUUUUCCUAAUUUCCCAAAGUUAUUUCCAAACUAGGGUAAAACACUUUUGGAGAUUCCUAUUUCUCUAAUACACUGGAGAGUUGUAUCAGUCCUAAAAAAUCAAUUGCACUUGGCAAAUGUAAGGUCAUCGGUAUAAUCAUAUUAUAGAUGAAUAUCGGAGACCAGUUUUUUACUUCUGAGUCCUUCAUUUCUUACUACCUUUACUGCUCCUCCUGAUUAUGUAAACUUUACCAUGCUAGUGUAUUUAUAAUUGUCAUGGCAUUUUAUUCUCCUCAUUAGGAUCCUGCCUGCUAUCCAGCUCAGUGUCCGCACUGCCUACUAUAUUCCCUGGUAAAGAGGAGGAAGGCAAAUAUUACUUAUAACAUACAUGUUCCUAGUGUAGCCUACACAGAAAGACACAUUUGCAUGAAUCAAUUGAUUUCAUAUGGCCUCAGAUUCAGAGAUGACUUUAAAUAUGAUGGACUAAAAUUUUCGGUCAUGCAGUGAUUACCAUGGAAGAUUUGUUUUUGAUGGUGUAUGAUGUGGUUUGUCUGUGUCUCCACCCAAAUCUCAUCUUGAUUGUAGCUCCCAUAAUUCCCUUGUGUCAUGGGAGGGACCCGGUGGGAGGUAAUUGAAUUAUGGAUGCAGGUCUUUCCCAUGCUGUUCACAUGGUAGUGAAUAAGUCUCAUGAGAUCUGAUGGUUUUAUAAAGGGGAGUUCCCCUGCACAUGCUGUCUUGCCUGCCGCCAUGUAAUACAUGCCUUUUGCCUUCUGCUGUGAUUGUGAGGCCUCCCCAGCCACGUGGAACUGUGAGUCCAUUAAACUUCUUUUUCUUUAUCAAUUACCCAGUCUUGGAUAUGUCUUUAUCAGCAGUGUGAAG